UGUGAAAUAAGAAACAACUCCUAUAUCUGCAAUUUGUUUCUUGCAUGUAUUUUAUGGAUUUAUCAACCUACCUAGAACGUUAAAGCAAUGGAUAAAUACUUAAAGGGUAAUACUGAAGUGACUGAUGGCAGUGAACCCUCUACUUCCCCUUCUGCUAAAAAACCAAGACAGGAGAAAGUACGACAGUAUAAUGUUAGUUACCUGCAGUACAGCUUCAUUCCACUACCAACAGAUCAGUGUCGUCCAUUUUGUGUAAUUUGUGAAUCAGUACUGUCUAAUGAGGCCAUGAAACCUUCAAGACUGCAAGAUCAUCUUCAUAAGAGGCAUCCUGAUACGGCCGGCUGUGACACUGCUGUCUUUCGUAAGCUGAAGGAAGCAUUCAAAAAGUGUCAUACUCUUUCAUCCUUCAAAAGAAAACCUGAUACUGAUGUCGAUAAUGGACUGGUGGCUUCUUACAAUAUUUCCAAAAUAAUAGCAAAAUGUGAACUAUCUAACACAGUAGGUGAAAAAUUAGUUCUGCCAUGUGUAUCUGAAGUUCUAACUACUGUUCUCAAGAUGAAUGUGACGAACAUUUUGAAAUCCAUCCCUCUCAGUAACAACACUGUAUCGCGCAGUAUUGAGGAAAUGAGCAAAGACAUCGGAAGUCAACUGUGUGCAGAUCUGGGCAACUAUAAAUUUGGGAUACAAUUGGAUGAAACAACGGUGAGAGACAAUGAAGCACUGCUAAUGGCCUAUGUACGAUUAAUCAAAAAUGAAGAAGCAUAUGAAGAAAUGCUGUUCUGCAAAUCAAUGACGACCAACACAAAGGGAGAGUCAAUGUUUGAAGAGCUACAACGGUAUCUAAAGAGCAAAGAGAUUCCAAUGAAGAAUAUCAUCUCAUGUGCAACAGAUGGAGCACCAUCAAUGCUAGGUCGCCACAUGGGUUUAAUUGCAUUUUUAAGAAAAGAAAUUCCAAAUCUAUUUUCUAUCCACUGUGUCAUUCACUGUCAACGUCUUGUCGCCAAAAAGCUAAGUCAACGGCUUCAUUCAACUAUGGCCAUCAUAACAUCAGCGAUAAACAAGAUUAAAGCACAUUCAUUAAAUAGCAGAUUGUUCUGUCAGCUGUGUGAAGACAACGAUGAGGAGCUUGAAGGCUUCUUCAUACUGAAGUGUGCUGGAUCUCCAGAGGAUCAUGCUUGAAACGUUUCUGUAUUUUAUUUGACACCAUUAUAGAAUUUCUGCAGUCUGUUGACUAUGAAUUAUGCGAGAAAGUUAAACUUUUGCAUGGAGAUGUGGCAUAUUUGGCCGACAUUUAUGACAAAAUGAAUACGCUGAAUAUGCAGCUUCAGGGUGAUAAUUUCAAUUUAGUUAAGGCAAAAACUGUGAUAUCAUCAUGAAGUUGGAGUUGUUUAA